UCCUUUAUGUUGCCCUUUAGCUGGAGAGAGCAGACAGGUGGGCAUCAUGAAUCAGCAAGAGCAGAUGGAGCAGCGUGGACAGUGGAGGAUCACAGUGUGGGAAGAGGAGAACUUCCAGGGUAAGCGUUGUGAGUUCAUGCUGGAGUGCCCGAACAUCCUGGACAGGGAUUUCAAAAAGAUCCGCUCAAUCAAGGUGGACAACGGCCCCUGGGUUGGUUAUGAGUAUCCAGAGUUUCAGGGUCAGCAGUUCAUUCUGGAGAAGGGAGAUUAUCCUUGCUACCAGGCCUGGAGCGGAAACAGCAGUUACCGCACUGAGCACCUACUUUCCUUCAGACCCAUUAAAUGCGCUAACCACAGUGACAGUAAAAUUACCCUCUAUGAGUGUCAGGACAUGAUGGGUCGCAAGUUUGAGAUGUGUGAUGACUACCCCUCUCUUCAAGCCAUGGGCUGGUGCAGUAAGGAGGUUCCUUCUAUCAAAGUCAACUCUGGAGCCUGGGUGGGCUACCAGUUUCCAGGUUACCGUGGAUACCAGUAUAUCUUUGAGAGAGACAGACGUCAGGGAGAAUUCAGGAACUAUAACGAGUUCGGCACUCAGGCCCACAGCAAUCAGAUCCAAUCAAUCCGCCGAAUUCAGCACUAAGCCCGCCCCCACUCUUCUCCUAUUGGCUACUGUGUAUCAAGUGACAGCAUGAUAUGACAUGAGACAAAGUAGGCAAUAAACGCUUUUUCAAACAAAAAAAUUUAUUUUCAAUAAACAAAAGCUCGAGAUGA